AUGAUUCUGUUCUGCACUGUGAAGCUGGGGUACGACAACUACCUGGCUGCAUUCAUCAAUCUGAUGUUUGUCGGAGCCAGCACACUGACCCCAGUCCUCGUGGGAUGGUUUUCUGAAACAUACUUAGGAAAGACAAAAGUCCUCUACCUGUGUGCAUUUCUUCAUUUCUUUGGAACAGCUAUGCUUCCUGUGGUGGCAUUUCCUUUUGAAGAUUUCUACAUUUACAAUCAUCACAUCACACAUCAGCUGGAGCCUCGGGAGCAGCAGAUUCUGUUUUAUACUGGCCUUCUGGCAGCAGCCUUGGGCAUUGGUGGUAUCAGAGCAAUACUAUGUCCUAUGGGAGCCUACAGCCUACAAGGUUACAACCAGCACCAGCUUUUGUCCUUCUUCAACUGGUUCUACUGGUUGGUCAAUCUGAAUUCCACCGUAGUAUUUCUUGGCAUAGCAUAUAUCCAACAGUCGGUGGCAAAGAAUCUUGGAUUUCUCAUCCCUUUCACUUCUGUGUUACUGGCUCUCAUGGCCAUAAACAUGGUUCGCAAUAAACUUACAUACAGGCCAAAGAAAGGGGGUUCUCUGCUUACCACUCUGGGAGUCUUCUUAAACUCCUUGAGGAUGUGUUGUAUCCACCAUCGCCACAUAAGUGGAGAAGUCACUUCGUGGCUGGAUCGGGCCAAAGAGAACAAUGGGGGACGUUACAGCGAGACACAUGUGGAGAAUGUCAAAGUCCUAGCACGGCUUUUCCCUCUUUAUGGUCUUCAACUGUUCUAUCGAGUCUGCAUAACACAAAUUCCCUCAGGUUACUACAUACAAACUAUGAACUCAAACCUUCAUAUGGGUGACUUUCUCUUGCCCAUUGGGGUAAUGAAUGUCAUCAGCAUCGUCCCUCUGCUGUUUCUGGCCCCGUUGUUAGAGUUGGUCACCUCCUGCUACCUCGCCAUGGGAAAAGCUCCAAUGGCCCCAGUUAAAGUUAUUGACCCUCUCAUUCUCCCUCCCUGUUCAUCCUCCCUUUUCAGCUUUGGGCCAUCUUCUUGCAGCCCUGUCUCUUCAAUGCCGUGCUACUUCCUGGCCCCUCAAUACAUCCUUCUUGGUAUUGCUGAAGCUCUUGUGACUCCUACAUGCUCGUUCAUAGCCUUCCAGUUAACUCCCAGUCAUAUCAGAGGAAUCUCACUGCACUUUCUAACGCUGUCCUAUGGCGGAGGCUGUUUCCUUAGCGCUUUCAUGAUUAUUAUUUUAUACUUAAUCUCUGGAGGAAAUUUCUACCCAAACGUACUGCAUGAAGGGAAUUUAGAAAGUUUUUUCUUUCUUCUAGCUAUUCUUUUGGUCAUGAAUACUUUAGUAUUUUGGCGGAUAUCCUACAGGUACCUUGACUUAUCCGUACAGGGGAAGGCGAUAGGUGUUAGCCCAUUGACUGAGAAACUUCUCCAGUAUAAAGCCUGUCUGCAGUUCUACAACACCAUUGAUCUCUCCUACGUUAACAACUCGGUCGAAUCAAUUAUAUGA